AUGUUGGAAAAUUUAGUCGCUUGGGUAUUAAAUGCUUAUAUUGGCGAUUAUUUAGAAGAUUUAAAUACCGACCAACUUAGCGUUGCAAUACUUCAAGGGCAAGUUGAACUGGAAAAUGUUCCUUUAAAAAAAUCAGCUUUGCGUAAGUUCGACAUACCUUUGCAGGUAAAAUCCGGUCUGCUUGGAAAACUUACGUUAUCAGUACCAAUAACACGGAUGAGAAGUGAACCAUGGGUUGUGAAAAUGAGUGAUUUACUUGUUCUUUUAGAACCAUCUGAUUUGAACAAUUAUAAUUUCGAGACUAUAGAGAUGUAUGAACAAUCAAAAAAAGAACAAUUAUUAGAUGAACUUGAAAAACAACAUAAGAAACAAUUGUUAACAAAUAUGGGAUUAUGGGUCGAUGAUUCAUUGCAAAAAAAUUGGUGGGGUUAUUCUCUUGUUUCGACUAUUAUCAACAACAUACAGUUGAUCAUUACCAAUGUUCAUAUCCGAUAUGAGGACAAUAUUACUCUUCCAAAUGGUGCUGGAUUUUCUUUUGGAAUAAGAGUCCACUGCAUUACUGCACAAACUACUAAUUCUCAGUGGAAACCUGAUUAUAUACAGCCACAACAUGAUGUAAACAUUUUCAAAAAAUUGAAUUUGGAAGGUCUGUCAUUUUAUUGGAAUAGUGGUGCCAAAAGCGAUGUUAUUAUAAAUUCAUAUUCUGAAUUGCAAUUUAAUUUACGAGCAGAAAAACUAAACAUUGAAUUAACGAAACGUCAAUUAAAUGAAAUGAGAUUUCUUGCGGAGGAAUGGUCCAGGUAUGAUCGAGCGAGAGAACAUCGGAAAUGGCGACCACUUGUUCCUCUUGCUGGGAAGUAUGAAUGGUGGAGUUUCGCAUAUAAUCGAAUUCAAGAUGAAAUACAUCAGAGAAAUUUACGAAAAACAUGGAAUUUUGUCAUUGCUCGAGUAAAACAGUUGAAUUCAUAUUGUCGUGCUUAUCGGAGAAGGCUUUUAGCAAUUAUUGAAUCGGCUAGAGCAGAAGUUGUGCUAAUUGUUAAUGAAGUCGAAGAGCAGAACGAAUUAAUUCGGUCAUUUGACGAUAUCCAGAUGGAUUUAAUGAAUCCGUUGGAAGAAACACCAAAGCACAAGACAGAUUCGUUAAAUCCUUCUUUAACGGCUUCUCAAAAGGCAUCAGAUUCAUGUAAUCAUUUAGAAGGCUCACAAAACGGUACACCACAAGAUUCUUCCAGAUCAUCGAGAGGACUUUAUGGAUGGUUAAGUAGUUGGUUUUUUGGUGCAGUUGAAGAUAUGGUAGAAAAGAAUGGAAGUUCAGAAGAAAUAAGGGAAAAUACAAAUAUUCCAAUGGAACUAAAAGAGCUUGGAAAACGUUUGGAGGGUGAAAUACUCGACGUUUUGAGUGAAAGUCGUGAUGACUCUACUUUAUUGCGACGGGACGUUAUAUUAGCCGAUAUCGUUAUGCAUUUGAAGCAGUUAAUGAUAAGAUUUAUAGAUGAAAAUGAGCUUAAUACGAAAAGUAAUUAUCGAUAUCUCGCAAUGGAUCUACGUGAUGUUAAAAGUUGUAUUCGGUUAAGUCCUUAUCAUCAUAGUACCGCUUUAUCAUUUUCGGUGCAAGAUAUGAAUAUUCAGCGGUUAUAUACUUCUAAUAACAAAUCUUGUGAAACUGCUGAAUAUGACGACGAUUCUUUGAUAUUUGGAUUUGGCACCGGUUUAAUUAGUGAAACAACACAAUUACUUUUCACAAUGGGUAAAGCAAAAUACAGAGCAGAUUGUAAUCAAUUCGGUUCUUCAACUCGACGAUCUAAUCAAGCGAUUUCGGAACCAAUCUUUGAAGUUGUUUAUCGUAGAAAGUCUCCGAAACGGAUGAUCACUCAUACCAUUGAUGCGAAAUUCAGCGAUUUAUCGUUUAUGUAUAAUGAAGGUGCUUUCAGUGAUCUGAUCGAAAUGUUUGGUUGUGAUAGUGUUGAUAUUCAGGUAAUUUUUGGAAUAAACAAUGGAUUUUUCGAGGAUUCGGUGCAAUUCGAUUAG